AUGUAUUCAACUCUGCGGCUCAUUCCCCAAGCUCGCAUCCUGUCCACGUCUUCUGCAUCUUUUCGGAGCGAUUCACUAAGGCAUGCAGCCGCUGGAAGUCAAGCAAGGUCGAAUUUUUGGAACACAUCAGGCUUCAAAAGCGCUACUGCGCUUGCUGGUAUCAGCCUUGGUCUUACUAGCUUCCUGGUCCAACGGCAGCCAGUUUCCUGCGAUGCACCUCCUCCUAAACCCAGCGCUAGAGCUUCUCCAAGCCCCGACUCAAUGCCAAAGGAUCUCCCUCCACUCUCUCCACCUCCACAUUCCUCUUUUAACACGUUCGAACUCGGAUUCGGGACUGUCGCUGGUAUAUGUACUGGAGUAUUCGUCAAGAAGGGUGCAAAACUACUGGCUUUUACACUUGGCGGGGUUUUCGUUUUGCUGCAGUAUCUUGUCAACCUGCGUCUAGUACGAGUUAACUGGUCCCGAGCAGAGUCGCGCUUCCAAGACAUGUUCUAUUCACGCGAAAGAGUCGUGGGAGGAGAAGUAGUAAAACGUCCACCGACAUUACUUUCACUUUGGCGCUGGCUUGUCGACUUCUUAACGGCGGAUUUUCCUCCACGAGCAACGUUCAUCGCCGGGAUGGCACUCGGAUUGCGUAUUGGGUAG